CAGCCUCCGGAGCUCAGGGCGGGGCGACUCCGAGCAGCAGCAGCAGCUUCAUCACGGACACACACCGACCUCCUGCUCUUCUUCAGGCCGCGGCAUGGACCCCGGAGCCCGGCCUGCGCCUCCUCGAUCACAGCGGGUCCGGUUCGAGCUGCGGUCGGUUCUGAUGAAGAUGAAGAUGAAGCCGCUGUGAAUCUCACACACACUCACACGCACACACGCACACGCACACAGACACACACACACACGGAGCGUCGAGCUCCGCUGCUGCAGAAUCUUCGCCAUUGUUUGGAUGAACCGGAGGAAAAGGCCCGAGCAUCGACUCCCUGUGACCCAGAGACAGCGAUGCUCUCCCCGCUGCUGCUCACCGGGACCCUGCUCUGCAUCAUCCAGAGUUCGUCGACCUUUCACGUGUCCCUGAGUGACGAUGGUUUGAUCCUGGCGUCUCUGGAGCGUUCAGACCUGCAGGACAACGUCACGGCGUACGCAGCUCAGGUGUCUGGAGAAGCUCGACUCAUCGUGGCAGAGUUCAGGAACACGAGCGAACUGCUGGUUUUCAACACGUCGUUCCACGGCCUCUGUUAUUCUGUGAGUCUGCUGCUGAAAGUGGGACAGAGCUGGUCCAGACCCGAGAAGACCACGUCCGUCCUCACAAAGCCGCUCCCCGUCCACAGCGUCCAGAUCUCGGACUUUAAAGAGUCUCCAGAAACCGGCGUGGUGUUUGAGAUCGAGCCUCCGGCAGGAAACGUGUUCAGCCGAGUCAACAUCAGCUACACGGAGGCACAAGAGCGACGCUCCUUCCUCUAUAAAGAUUUCUACAAAGGGAAGACGGUUUUCAAACACUGGUUACCGGGCGUCUGUUACCGUAACAUCACCUUCCAGCUGAUCUCCGAGGCGACGGUGAACCAGACGGCUCUGGUGUCCCACAGUGACAUCACACACUCUCCUCUGCACCACAGGACAGUGCCGUACCCCCCCCUCAACAUUUCCCGUAAGAUCGUGCACCUGAGCCCGAGGGCGGGGCCAGGUGGAGCUGCCAGCAGGCUCCGCCCUGAGGGGAACCAGGAGAGCACCCAAUCGUCCCGUCGAGCCCGGGAUGUCCCGCUGAUGGAGGAGCAGGAGGAGAACACCUCAGAGGAGGCGGCUGCAGUUUUUACUCAGGUUCCCUUCAUCCCGCCACAGAACCAGUCAGGAACCGCCGCCGCCGCCGCCGCCCUGAACCAGACGACGGAGACACAGAGCUACUGGCUGGAUCCGACCGAGCCGCCGGCCACAGACACGGAGGACGAGUUUGUGAACGCCGUGGUGUCUGAGUACGAAGACUCCAACGAGCCGGGCUCCGCCAUGGGCCUCCCCUCCGACCCCCCCGUCCUGCCCACCAAGCUCCCCCCCCUCCUGCUGGAGCUACGCUGGCUGCCCCCCCGACCUCCCACCAGCUACGACGGCUUCAACGUUUACAUCUACAGAGACGGGAACUCGACGGAAACAGCGACUGUGGACGAAAACACUCACGAGUUUUUCACGGAGCUGACGGAGUCGGGAACGUAUCGAGUCCAGGUGACGACUCUGAGCUCAGCUGGAGACUGUGAAGCGAGAGAGAGCGCCGCCGACACCAGCUUCAGCUUCUACCUCAGUCCCGGCGGCGAGCUGUUGGAGGAGCUCCGUGAGCGUCCUCGGGCCGUCAGCGUCCGUCUGCUGGACUCCAGCACCGCCGCCGUCUCCUGGGCGUCGUCCCCCGAGGACCACAACGGCAGCGUGGUGUCGGUGGCGUCUACGACGUGUCUGAAGCCGAGUCCGAGUCAGAGGAUGGAGAACACGUACUGCGGCGAGGAAAACACGACGAGUGACAUCAUCACCAACCUGACGCCCGGCGCCCAGUACCGGGUGACGGUGUUUCACACCAACGGGCCUCUGAUCAGUCCUCCGUCUGAACCCGUCAUCAUCGACAUCGAACCCACGGGCGUCCGGGAGCUCGCCAUUUACCCUCUGAGUCCGACGGCGGUGAUCCUGAGCUGGCAGCGUCCGUACCACGUGUCCUUCAGGAAGUACGUCCUGCAGACCUUCUUCUUCAACCCCGUCACGCUGGCGUCCGAGUGGACGACGUACUACGAGAUCGCUGCCACCGCCUCCAUCAUCGCUUCAGUGCGGGUGACCGACCUGCUGCCGGCGUGGUAUUAUAACUUCCGUGUUUCCAUGGUAACAUGGGGCGACCCUGCGCUCAGCUGCUGCGACAGCUCCACCGUGAGCUUUGUGACAGCUCCGGAGGCUCCUCACGUGUCGUCGGUGGAUUAUUCUCACGGCGUUCUCUACAUCCGCUGGACGUACGGGGAACUCUUCAUCGACCUGUCCCACUCCCGGAUGCUUCACUGGCAGGUGGUCGCUGUGGGAAAGAAAGGAGGCGAGAGGAGCUACUCUGUGGACGUGACUCGUAACGUGAUGCGGGCGAGCCUCCCUCUGCCUCCUGGUGACAUCUACAACCUGACGGUGACGGCGUGCACGGAGCGCAGCAGAAACACGUCCACGCCAAACAUCAUCAAACUGGAGCCGGCUCCUCCCACGUCGCUGUUUGCCGUCAACGCCACUCACUCGUCCGUCACUCUGCUGUGGAGCGAGGAGGGAGUGGUCGACUACUACCAGGUCGUCUGCAGAGCCAGAGGAGGCCGAGAGCUGAAGGCGCGGGAGCCUCAGACCGUGAGUUCUCACCUGGUGACCGUUUCUGGUUUGACGCCUUCGUCCUCCUACAACUGCACCAUCAUCAGCUUCAGCUACAGCACGCCCAGCAAGCCCGCACACAUCACCAUCACCACUGUGGCUAAAGAGAUGAACCCGAGCGUGGCGGCCAUCUCGGCGCUCGCCGUCCUCAGCAUCCUGCUCGCCAGUCUCCUCGUUCUCUUCCUGCUCGUUCUACGAAAGAAACACCUGCAGAUGACCAGAGAAUGUGGAGCUGAGACCUUUGUUAAUUUUGCUUCGUUUGAACGAGACGGGAAACUUCCUUACAACUGGCGAAGAAGCCUCUUUGCCUUCCUUACCCUCCUGCCAUCCUGCCUUUGGACUGACUAUCUUUUGGCUUUUUAUAUUAAUCCUUGGAGCAAGACGGCUUUAAAGAAACGGAAACUAACAAGUCCGGUGCAGCUCGACGACUUUGACGCCUACUUUAAAGAAAUGAGCAAAGACUCGGCGUAUAAGUUCUCUCUGCAGUUUGAGGAGCUGAAGAGCGUCGGUCUGGAUCUUUCCCAUGAUGCAGCUGACCUGCCCGUCAACAGACCCAAGAACAGAUACACCAACAUCCUGCCGUACGACUUCAGUCGAGUCCAGUUAAUCUCGAUGCACAACGACGAAGGUUCAGAUUACAUCAACGCCAACUACAUACCUGGAUACAAACAUGCGAAGGAGUACAUCGCCACGCAGGGGCCGCUGCCUGAGACCCGGAACGACUUCUGGAGAAUGGUGCUGCAGGAGAAGUCUCCCAUCGUGGUGAUGCUGACGCAGUGUAACGAGCGGCGGAGGGUGAAGUGCGACCACUACUGGCCGUUCACAGACGAGCCGGUGAUGUAUGGAGAGAUCAGCGUGGAGAUGCUCUCUGAGGCCGAGUCUCUGGAGUGGACCAUCAGGAAGUUCAGACUGGGAUACGCCGACGAGUCUCAGGACGUCCUCCACCUGAACUACACCUCGUGGCCGGACCACGGCGUGCCCACGGUGAACGCCAUCGAGAGCAUCCUGCAGUUCGUCCACAUCGUCCGUCAGCAGGCGAACCGGACCAAAGACCCCAUCAUCGUACACUGCAGCGCCGGCGUCGGCAGAACCGGGACCUUCAUGGCUCUGGAUCGGCUCAUGCAGCACAUCAGAGAACACGAGUUCGCCGACAUCCUGGGGCUGGUGUCGGAGAUGAGGUCGCACCGCCUGUCCAUGGUUCAGACUGAGGAGCAGUACGUGUUCAUCCAUCAGUGCGUCCUGUUGAUGUGGCAGAAGAAGAAGCAGCUGUCAAUCACCUCCGACGUCAUCUACGAGAACGCCAGCAAAACAUAAAGACGUCGCUCCUCCACACGCUGUGAAGCAGCUCCUGUGCGUCAGGCUUCCAUUCUCUGCAGAAGAAGAAGAUCUGCUUCAUCAUCAGUAUCAAGAAACAAAACAUCAACGUGAAAAUAAUAAUCCGAUUUUUGUUUGAAUUGGUGUAAAAGCAUGGGAUGGAGUUUUGCCUUAAGGAGCCGUCACUGACUGAAAACACGUCCGACCACGUCCCCGCCCUCUGAACGGACUCAUUCAGAGGAGUUAACGAGCUCCGCCUGCUGAUUGGACGUGAAGCCACGAGUCGGCGGAACUGAGUCGCACCUUUUUCAUUAUAUUUAUGUUUUUAAUCUCAGGAGUCGCUGAAAAACCAGCGAGCACAUCGGCCUCGGCCUCCGCUCCCUAACUCGUGUUUCAUUCUUCAGUUCGUCUGCAGCUUCCCGUCCUGGACUGUCACAACGAGUCGCAGGCGGCGGAAUCAACCAUUCAAAUUAAAACCACUCUGCUAACGAACAGAUCACAGAAAAGAAGAAGAACCCAGCAAACGUUCAACCAACGAAAAAUUAUUUCCUCCCGUCGUCACAAAAUUGACAAAAUAAACGUUUGACUCUUCGCGUUUCGUUUGUUGAUUCAACAUCGAGCGUCUGAAUGUUUGCUGGUUUUCAACAAAAGCUAAAAGACACAAAAACAGUUGAUGGGAACAAACGGCUGUCUGUGGAAUUGAGCGCCCCCUGCUGCCGCCCCGUCGCUCCACCGGCAGACGUGGGUUCAGACGUUAGAGGCUGUGGCUGUUUGUCUUCGAGGCGUCAGAGUUUCUGCUGCUGCAGCCGACUGAUGGAACCUGUCGCUCCAUCUGCGCCCGGAGCUCCCACAGCAGGCGUUUUUAAAGACAGAAAUCUGAAGGGUUUCAUCGUCUGUGAUCAACGAUCUGCAGAGACGGAAACGUAUCCGACACGUUUCAGCUGAAGCUAAACCAGACGUUUCUCUUCAUGUUGCUGAAGUCGACAGAAACAUAUCGACUCAGAUCUGCAGAGUCGACACGAGCCGUCGAUUUCUAAAUAUCAACAUGUGCAAAUAUUUAAUAAAACUACUAAAAUCUUUUGAAACUUCAUCCGUCAACAACAAAAAACAUCGGAAAUUGUAAUGACCCUAAAUUUUCUUUAUUUUGGUGAAACAAAUGAUUUUAUUUGUCCAGUGCUUCCAAAGAGUAGGAUUAAAUACAAGCUGAUAUUUUAUCCUUUAAAUCCCCAAAUAUAAUUUUUAUUUUAUUUUAAAUUUAACACGUUUUGUUUCAUUCCUGCCACAAAAAACAAAACACGUAAAGUUGAACAAAAGUCAGUGACUCCCUCAUUAAAAGCAAAAGAAUGUUUGGAUUUGUUAUUGGUUCUUUAAUAUUUGGGCUCGUGUCGAUUCUUCACAUCUGAAUUCAGGAAACAGUUGUGAACAUUUUCUGAAGCAUCAUGUCUGUUAAAUCAUUUCCAGAUUAUUUUCCAUCUUUCUACUGAAGAUUGAAUUUUUCACGUUUCUCCCCGACGACUGUCGAGAAUGUUUCUGAACAACCUCCGACUUCACUCUGCAUUCAGGAAGUACAGGGUGUCGUCAAAAUAAAAGCACAGCUCGAGGUUUGGCAAAGAGUUAAACGGACUAAAUGUCUGAUAUAAUAAAAGUUUUCUUAUAUUUAUACAAUUUUAUCAUCAGAACUGUUUUAUCAGCUGACUUGAAUUAAACCUUUAAAAUGUCAGGAAACGCACGUUUAAAACCUAAAGUUUAGUUCUGACAUUAAAUCAGCAACUGUCGAGAUGUUUCAACGCUCAGCACAAUUAUCACGUUUCAACAUCUCAUCUCAACAAACACGAGAUCGGAAUAAAACAAAAUGAAGAUUUAAGAGUUUAUUUUCUGAUGUGAGAAUAUUUAACCUGAACAUCAACAUAUGUAAUUACAACUUAAUAAUUCAAGCUCAGUGAUGUUUGUGUUAUUUAACACGUGAGAUAUGAAAUAUCCAAAAUGAAACUGAUCCGUUAUAAAAGUUCAAUAUUAAAGCAACACAAAAAGUUUUUCAAUGAACAACUUGUUUUUUUUACUAUCAAAAAAGUUUGUGUCCCAAAUGUCUCCACUAAAUAAAUCUAAUCAAAGAUCAGAUUCAGAAUCAGUUGAAUUUGAUUCCGUCUGUUGGGACGUGAACUCGAUGCGAGUUUCAGUUCAGAUUCAAACGAACGUGGUUUCCCAGAAUAAAUGUGAAAAAGCUGUUUUCAUUAUUUUGAUGACACCUUGUUUGUAAUUUGCAGAAACUUUAAGAGAUUUGAAUGUUUGACAAAAUGGCCGCUCAGUGUUAAAUGAUUCUUCUUUGUGGCCUUGUGGUUCAAACACCUGACGUCUGUACCUGUUCUCCGUCUGGGAUCCCCAGGCGCCACCGCAUCUGAAAUAGGUUUCGUUUCACUGUAAGAAAUCAAAUGUACUGUAAAUACUACUACUGCUACUACAAGUAUUCUGUUUCUACUCGUCAUGACAAAGUAAUUCUUGUGAAAAUGUUGCUUUAGAGGUUUGUUUUUUAAAACUUGUUUAUGUGAAUCAUCUUCGAGACACAACUUCGUUCUCGUCACUACGACGGUUCCGUCUCUUGAGUCUUCGCCGUCGACAUGAACGUGUUUGGACGAGUUCACACAAGUCACAUGGACACGGAGAACUCGUCAUGUGACAACUCGUCAUGUGACAACUCGUCAUGUGAACACGUGGAACUUGCACUUUGGUACAACUGUAAAAAGAAAAUCACUGUAAACUCUUCGUGUCCAGUCAAACUUGUCGUUGGUGCCAUUUCUUGUGUCACUUAAGAUUCGAGGUUGAUCUCGAUCAUCGUCACAGUUUUAAUGUUUCUGUGUUGGAACAAAAUAAAUUGUUGCAUUUA